AUGGUCAAUCAUUUCAAUGAAUUUGCCAACUUGUGCUUUGAAAGAUUUGGAAACCGAGUCAAGUAUUGGAUCACUUUCAACAAUCCGUGGUCAGUAGCAGUCGAAGGCUAUGAGACAGGCGAGCACGCUCCAGGACUGAGGCUGAGAGGAACUGGUGCAUACAAAGCUGCCCAUCACAUAAUCAAGGCACAUGCCAAAGUGUGGCAUACUUAUGAUACACAAUGGAGGGCGAAGCAAAAAGGUCAGGUCGGCAUCUCUCUGUCCGGGGACUGGGGAGAGCCGGUGGACAUCAGCAACCAGAAAGACAUCGAAGCAGCUGAGAGAUACGUCCAGUUCUACCUGGGCUGGUUCGCCACGCCAGUCUUUCACGGAGACUACCCCCAAGUGAUGAAAGACUUUAUCGGAAGGAAGAGUGUGCAACAGGGCCUCGGGACGUCUCGCCUGCCCACCUUCUCCCCCCAAGAGAAGAGCUACAUCAAGGGGACCUGCGACUUCCUUGGCAUCGGCCACUUCACCACCCGCUACAUCACCCAGAAGAACAACCCGUCAGGCCGCAGCAGCAGCAGCUACUUCACCGACCGGGACCUGGCUGAGCUGGUCGAUCCACGUUGGCCCGACCCCGGGUCAGAGUGGCUCUACUCUGUGCCCUGGGGUUUCAGGCGCCUGCUCAAUUUUGUCAAGACUCAGUAUGGAAACCCAGCGAUCUAUGUGACAGAGAAUGGAGUCUCUGAGAAGAUGUUGUGCACAGAGCUGUGUGACGACUGGAGGAUACAGUAUUUUAAAGACUACAUCAACGAGAUGCUGAAAGACCCUCUGACCAGCCACAUGGAGAUGGUCACUGAGAUUGUUGUUCCCACCGUGUGCACCCUCUCUAUUCUGCUCAGUGCCAUCUUCCUUAUGUUCCUGCUGCGGAGGCGGAACUAG